GCCAAAUGGACUACCUGUCAGCUUUUGUUUUUAUUAUGGAAUUUCGAAAUGUCAAAAUAAGCGUAGCAACCGGAUAUUAUUCACAUCAGCAAAAUUCUCAAGGUUCUCUGGACAGGCGUGUCCUAUCCAGCAGAAAGAUUUUACGUUUGGCAAAUGGCAAUAAACAUUUCGAGGAAAUCUAAUGAAGAUCCCGUGUUCAGUUAGUCCAACAAACAAAGCUCUUUUUUUGUCAGCCCUGCCAUUAUUAUUUCCUCAAUCAAAGAAUGGGUAAUACUAAUUCUGUCUCUGACAUCUCAUCUGCUACUGGGAAAAUUCAAAACCAGACAACACAGUCAAACAGAAAUUCAGCAUGGCAAGAGGGUGUUAAAGUUGGUACAUCAGAGAGUGUGAAAUAUGCUAUUCGAACAACUGACACAGAACAUGCUUCCCCAGAAUCUGAGAGUCUAACCAUUUUUGACACUUUACAACACCUCCCAAAUGAACUGACUAAUCUGAAAAUGCUUCAAGAACUCUCAGAAGACGUUUUUCGUGAAAGACAAAGAAUUAUCAAGAGAUUGAGGGACAUGGCCGACUAUCUGGAAAAAACUCACAAUGACGUUUUAAUCGCCGAUCGUGUUGGCACAGGUGUCGGUAUUGGAUCAGGACUCCUUGUCAUUGGAGGAUUAGUCGCUGCUCCGUUUACUGCUGGAAUCUCUCUUGGCCUGACUGUUGCAGGAACAACGACUGGAAUCUUGAGCGGAAUAACAUCCGCAGGAGCUAACAUUACCGGUUAUUUCUUGUCUAAAAAGGAGCUCACAUCUUUAAAAAAGGAACUGGGUGAACACUUGCUACACCUCGAAAAACUCUCAUCGUCUGACUCAAAGUACUUGGUCCGUGCCACUCGAUUUCGCCCAACAUUGGAGAUGCUAGGCAAACUCUGUGAACAAAAAUGGAUGCUGUUGUUGACAACAUUUCAAAAAUUAAUAACUCACGCUUUAAAUGGAGAUUAUGCUCAGAUCAGUCGAGCGGUAAAUCACGUUGUAGACCCCGAAAUCAAGUGCCUGAUUCAAAAACUGCCUUUACCAUUGAAUCCUGAAUCUCUACACGCUUUGGCUGAAAUCUGCACCCUUUUAAUAAGUCAAAUUCGUAGUAUCAAACAAGCCAUAGCUGCUUUCUUAAACUACUUUAAAAGACCGGAAUUGGCAAGACUAGCCAUGAUUUACGCGGGCUCAGCAGCAGCAGCGAGAGUGACAACGACUACCGGUGCUACAGCAGCUGAUCUCAUGUCUGCUUUCAAAGGAACGCCCAUGGUCAUGUCAAAAGCUGCCCGGACCGCAGCAGGUGCCUUAACCGCCGUAUUUAUCGUGAUUGAUGUAAUCCACAUGGUCAACAUUUGCAAAGAAACGGGAGCGACACCAACCGUACAGGAGCUACGGAAAAUGGCCGAUGAUCUUGAAGAGGAGAUCAAAUGUACUUCGAACGAGACUGGAGAGAAAGAGGAACAGCUCAAUAAGUCAAGUGAUAUUGCGGAAGUAAAUUCGCAAAAGAUGGAAGAAACUCAAAAAUUGGACGAUCUGGAAUUUUUUGAUUGCAGAGAAUAUUGAUCUUGAUAACUUUUUAUGACCGUAGUUUUAUGAAUAUUCGAUAUUCCAUUUUUAGCAGCUUGUUUUACAACGCACUGCGCACAAAUACACCAUAUAUUAGCUUGCAA